GAGGUGAAGUUUAAAGAUUGACACUGCCUAUACUCUUCACUUAACCCAAGAAGCCACUGGAAAUCGCCCAAAGACCCACUGGGGGAGAUGGACACUGUUUCCCAGAAGUAAAUACAGCUCAGCUUGUACUUUGGAACAAUUGGUCAACCUUGCUACUUGCACAAUCUGUCGGCAAAGGUUAUGCGGUGCCUGAACAUGAUCAUGGCAGAACCACCGGGCCUCAUCACCAUCUGCCUUUUAGGAUAUCUACUCAGUGCUGACUGUACAGUUUUUCUUGAUCAUGAAGAUGCCACGAAAGUUCUGAGCCGGCCCAAGAGGUAUAAUUCAGGCAAACUGGAAGAGUUUGUUCAAGGGAACCUUGAGAGAGAAUGUAUGGAAGAAAAGUGUAGCUUUGAAGAAGCACGAGAAGUUUUUGAAAACACUGAAAAAACCACUGAAUUUUGGAAGCAGUAUGUUGGUAAGCAAUUAAUUUUUUCCUCUGGCUGGGACACGAAACAUUUGAGAAUUACUUUUCUCUGUGUAAACAGACAGUAUAUUAGACUCCGUCCAGAGCGUCCAACUCUUUUACCCAAGACCCAACGGUGAUACAUGACAGGUUUAUGCCAGCAUGGGAGGGAUCAGCGGGCAGAUAAGCUCACUCCUCCCCAGGGCUUUCAAAACAUGGCGGCCGGAAGGAGGAAACUCAGGUUCCUUUGUCUGGGGACUGAAUCAGAGUUCGCAGUCUUCAGCAGAGAACGUGAGAAUGCUGACGGACUGAGACGUGUAUUGUCUAGUACAAGUCCUCCUCCUUGUGAUGGCCCCCAAGGCUCCCCGUGAUGGUCCCGGCCCUCCCUUUCCACUGGCCCUGGGACCCUCUCCUCCUGCUCACCUCCUCACACACAGUGGGAAGUAGGGGGGAGAGGGGGGUGUUCCCCAGCCAUCCUGGCCUCCCUGCGGCUCCCUGCACACCCCGGAAAUGCUGCGGGAAUGCUUUGGCUUUGGCCUUUGAUCCGGCUGUUCCUUUACGGUGCCAGGUUCUCUUCCACCAGGUUCCCCUAGGCGCACUCCCUCCCCUCUUUCAGCUCUUCACCCGAGCGUCACCGUCUCCAUGAAGCCCACCUUGAUCAUCUAUUAGUACUUCAGCCGCCUCCCCAUAACCCCAUCACCUAGCAACCGCAUCCUGCUCUAUUAUUUUUCGUAGCACUUUUUACCAUCUGAGGCAACAUAUAAUGUUCUUAUUUGUGCCACUUAUUAUCUAUUUUCCCCACCUCGUGAGAAUGUAAGCUUCCCGUUGGUGGGGGCGUCCAAGUGUUUUGUUUACUGACGUACUCCCGGUACAGAAGCGCUGAGUAAAUAUUUGUUGAAUGGGUCGACCAAAAAGAGGAAAAGCCAAACUUUCAUGACAACUGAGCUUCGCAAACUCACGUAGAAUCCAGCAGCAAGAUUCUGAGGCAGCGUGAGCCCCACAGGUUGACAUAUCUGUCUGUACGGAUAAAACCUAGAGAGCAAAUUCACAGAGUUUCCAACACUUUGAGAUCUAAUUCUAUUUUCCAGUUGCUGUUCUGGGGACACUAUUAGACUUAUUCAUAGGCUGCUAACUCAUAAUGUCUCCGCUUUUGUUUUUAUUUUUUGAAGAUGAUUUUCUAAGUAGUCUCUACACCCGACAUGGGGCU